AAAAUUGAAAGAAGCGCCAUUAGAAUUUUUCUCGCUUUUACUACAUUUUUAGGGAAAAUUCUUUGUUUUAGGCGCGUAAAAAGCACUACAAACUGAAGUAUUAUUGGUGUUCUUUGUUUAUAAUUAAUAAUUACAGUUUGUGUGGAAGACUUUUACCCGCCAUUAUCGUUUUAUGUUUGUGUCGAUUUGUUUUCAACCGUGGCGACUUGAGAGACUUCGAAAGGCUUGUCGGCAGAAUUUGACAACUUAUAAAAUGGCGGCCUCUUUUGAACUCCCAAAUGUUUUUGAUGAUUUUGAACCAGUUUAGUGGUGUUUAAAUACAUUUUAUUGUGUGUGAAAUAUUGAAGGACUUUAGUGUUUAAAGCCUUACCAUGGAACACAAUUUGGACGACUCUUUAAACUUGGAAAGUGCUAUGGGCAAUAUGGAUUUUGACCACGAGGCUGGGGUAGUGAGUCAAGAAGACAUACCCUUAGAAACAACUGGUCAUGAACCAGAUAUUCCAAUGGAAUUUGAGAGUAUUGAAGAACAACAGAUGCUCAUGGACACUGGCACUGAAGAGAUUAUAGUUUCAGAUUUUAUGAAUGACCAGUACACAUUGCAAGAGUAUUCUGUACAAGAUGAUUCUGUAACAGAAACAAGUGGAUUGGAUGAAGUACAUGGUCUGAAUGUGAUGCAAGCUCAAGAGGAGUCCAUGAUCGACUUGCAAUUUGAACCAGAUAUUCCUCAUAGUAUGACACAAGAUGUUACAACGACGCAUACCCAACCUAAAUACAUUGCAGUUAAGGCUGCAAUACCACGCAAGAAGCAUGAGACAGUGGUCACAAGUAACCCGCCACGGCAAGUGCCCAUAGCUCCAAAGCCGCCUAAGUUGGUACCUUCAGGGCUGCCAAUGUCCACAGCUACCUUCUCAUCAGGGAAGCAAUAUGCAAUAGCACCAAAACCUGUCGCCCUCGUCACAACAAAGAAUGCCAACGUAGUUAAGAAAAUGUCACUCUCUAGUGUAAUACAGGGUGGGACCAAAAGUGGAAACUCGUUUUUAACUCAAAUAGGAAAGCAACUAGUGAUGGUUCCUGCAAGUGGUGGGCAGAAAAUCAAACUAGUUACAUCUGGCUCGGGACUGCCAGUACAAUAUGUGCGAGCGAGCAGUGACCAGGCGGAACUUAUUAAAAAUGUCAGCAGCGGCAAUACUCAGAAGCCUGUGUUAGCGAAAGUUAUUGUUCAAGGUCAAUCUAACACAGACCCUGCAAACCAGGCCGCUGUCUUAACUAAACUGCUUCCUUCCUCGUCCGCUGCCAAUUUGCAGACUCGUUAUGUUAUACAACAGAAAACUGUACCCAUCUCUAUAGGAACUAAUAAGGUGAUAAUGGCGUCUCCAACAAACCAAGGGGUGAAAUUCGCGAAGAAACAAUUAAUAGCCAUUAAGUCGCCUACAUCUACCAUCGCACCGGCGACGACACCAGUUGCCACUACUACCAAGAAGGUAGUUAUAACGGCGAACCCAAGUCAAAAUGUUAUACUGAAGACUACGGCACCUCCUAAAACAGCACAGAUAAAGAAGGAUGGUAAUGUAGUGAUACAAGGACAACGAUCGCAAAUACAUCAAAUCAAUGUUCCUGGGAAAGGCGUUCAAUACAUUCGACUGAUAACCAACCCUAUAACCGCAACACAGAAGCAAUUCUUAAAAGGAUCUACUUCUGCUGUGGCUGCACCCUCCAAAAGCUUCGUCCUAAGUGAUAGUAAAGGUAAUCUAGGUAACCUCAUUCAGAUGACUGCAGAGAAAAUGGACAGUGGCCAGCCACCCCCACUGGUACUCACUGGAAGUACGACAGCAAAAAUUACUACGAAGCCGAAAAAGUUGGUACGAAUAGCUCCGGGUACUGUGAAACCGGCGCAAACUGUUCAGUUACAGCAACAGUCAGCCCGUUCGUCACAAAGCUUACUAGCGCCAUUAUCACCGAUGGCUGAACACAACUUGGAGGAAGUGACAGACCUUUUAGAUGGUGGCAGUACCAAUGACGAAGUGGAUGUGUCAGGGAAUGAUGCGUUCGACCAUUCUGGUGACCGGGAAAUUGAACGAGAAGCUGAUCGAAGUGAAGACGAAAGAGAGUCCAAAGCCGCGCUGAGAGCCCUCAUUGCCGACACCGUGGGUGAAGACUCUCAAGACAACCACGGCGUACACGAAAUUGAAAUUGACUUUGAGAGGCAACAGUCUUCAGCAGAGGAUGAGAAUACGAACAGCAUGGACCACGACAGUAGCCACAGGUCGGAUGAACAUCCACUUAUCGUCAUACCUUCCAGUUUCAACAAGCAGAUGAGGGACGAGAGGAGUUUUACCACUAUAGAACAUGAAGUCUUGCCUUACCUCUCACCAAAAGCAUCUCAAGCUCUCUCAGAAAGCGAUUUAGUGUCCGGUGAUUUGGGGCUCAGGCCUCGUAAGGCGUGUAACUGCACCAAGUCGCAAUGUCUCAAGUUGUACUGCGACUGUUUCGCGAACGGCGAGUUUUGCAACCGCUGCAACUGUAACAACUGUCACAACAACCUGGAGAAUGAAGAGCUCAGACAAAAGGCUAUCAGGGCCUGUCUCGACAGGAAUCCUAAUGCUUUUAGGCCUAAGAUAGGUAAAUCGAAAACUGGUGGUCCAGACAUUAUAAGAAGGCACAACAAAGGGUGUAACUGUAAAAGAAGUGGCUGUCUCAAAAACUAUUGUGAAUGUUAUGAGGCAAAGAUAGCGUGUACGUCGAUGUGCAAGUGUGUGGGGUGUCGCAACGUGGAGGAGACGUUGGAGAGGCGACGGGAUGCCAUGCGGCUCAGGGACAAACUGUCCGACCCCAUGUUCAGACCACCAGCCAUCGGACAAGUCAAGCAACCGUGCAGCUUCAUGACAUCGGAGGUGAUAGAGGCAGUGUGCCAGUGUCUGCUGGCGGCCGGCGUGGAGGGGGACGGGGGCGCGGGCGACGGGGGCGCGGCCGCGGGGGCGGGCGCCAGCCUGGAGCCGCGCCCCGAGCCCGACCCCAUGCGUGACGUCAUCGAGGAGUUCGCGCGCUGUCUGCAGGACAUCAUCAGUGCUUCCCACCAGUCUACUUCGCUCUCUGUACUCGAUGAUGGGCCAGCAUAGCAUACAGUAACUGGUGCAAGUUUGCGGAAUAUACAUGACUUUUUAACUGAUACAAUACGUAGGAUGACAAAUCUCAAGCGAAAACAAUGAUAAUUUAGACUGCACGCUUGGAGCCUGGCUCUUGUGCUACAUGUCGCGGGUUCGAUUCUUUAAAUGGUUCACAAAUUAUUGUCUGGAUGUGAAGUGUAUGUGAAAUUGACGUUUGUAAAAGUAAAUAUACCCACAACUCGGGAGAAAAUCACAGUGUGAUUACGUUUUUAAAACGAAACAAUGACUAUGAUUUAUUUGUUUCAAAUAAUUUGAUGAAUACUGUAGAGCAAAUCUUAUUUGUGACAUAUAAUAUAAAAUUGUAUAAAUAGUAUGAUGAACUAACCAUUAGGUAAGGUCACUUGUAUCGCUUUAACAAGACUGUUGUAAAUACAUUUUGCGAUUCAUACAUCAAUUAAAAUUAUGAAUUUUUUAAUAAUAUAAUCCAUUGAAAUAUGGACUAAAACAAUAUUAUUUAAGAGAAUUCAGAUUUUUAUAUCAUUGUUUUUAUAGACAUGUACAUAAUGUUGUUGUAAAUAAAUAGUUUACUAGUCAUAAGCAUUACCUUUGUACUAAGGUAGUAAAUUGUAAAUAUCCAUAAUAAAUGUAA